CGAAUUUAGGUAAUUGCGGCUCAAUGUUCAAACUAGUAACUUCAUUUUGCAUUAUGAUACUACAGCUAUGAGAUAUGUCUGAUCAGGGGGAAAGCGAAAGUGAGGAAAUUAUUAUUGAAACUGAAUGCCUUCUUGAUGAGGAGCCUCAGUCCAAUACUGUUCUGCUCACAGACCUCAAAACAGAGUUCAAAUCUGAGAAUGAUGAUGACUUUACAUGGGAGGAAGACACUUUCCAGAGCUUUGACCCACCCACUAAGAAACCAAUCAAACAGCGAAAGAGGGCAAAUGGUGCUGGUGGCAAAGUUAAGACAUCAAUUCAAAAGUACAAGAAAGAUUGGGAGAAUAUACCAGAGUUCAAAAAAUGGUUGUCGAUGAGUCUACUUGGAUCUGAAUAUUUCUAUUGCAAGAUCUGCAAAGUGGAUGCCAAAUGCGGUAAGAGUGAAAUCAUGAGGCAUAUGACAUCCAAGAAACACAAGAAAAAUGCACAAGAUUCUGUACCAAAAUUUAAAUGCUUUGAUGGUCUGCUUUGUCCAGUCUUCACUCCAAUUGAUCGAUUAAGAUUUGAGGAAGUCCAUUACACGAAAAUCUCUGAGUACUCUGAUUAUUUAAAAAGAAAUAAUAUUAGAUCUGUUCUAAUAAAUGAUAUUACUGGUGAGGGCAUGUCGUUAACAGUCAGUGAACGUUGUUUGAUAACUGAAGAAUGGGCGAGAGAAACAAAGAAGAAUAAACAAUAUUUGAUGGUGCAAAUUGGUGGUGCUCCAUUGAAAGAAGUCGUUAGAAUGGUAAGUCAUAUUUUCCAAAUAUCUGCUAAAGUAUAG